AUGGGGGGUGAUAAUGUGACCUGGGUCAAAGAGUUUAUCUUGUUGGGACUCUCCACUGACCAGCGGAUUCAAGUUGGACUCUUUGUGUUGUUUGGGGCCACCUAUUUGCUGACCUUGCUGGGCAAUGGGCUGAUCAUCCUUCUGAUCUGGCUAGAUACUCGACUACACUCCCCCAUGUACUUCUUCCUCUGCAAUCUCUCAGUUGUUGACAUUUGCUACACAACCAGUGGGGUCCCACAGAUGCUAGCACACUUUCUCAUGGAAAAAAAGACUAUCACCUAUACACGAUGUGCAACUCAGCUCUUCUUUUCUUUGGCAUUGGGUGGAAUUGAGUUUCUACUGUUAGCAGCAAUGGCUUAUGACCGCUAUGUGGCAGUAUGUGACCCCUUGCAAUAUGUCAUGGUCAUGCGCCGAGAAAUCUUUGUGAGUCUAGCCACAGUCUCCUGGCUCAUUGGCCUGACCAAUUCAGCUGUGGAGACAGCAGUCACAAUGAAGCUCCCCACAUGUGGACAGAAUAUCUUGAAUCACGUAGCCUGUGAGACCCUGGCCAUGGUGAGACUGGCAUGUGUAGACAUCACCUUUAAUCAGAUUAUUAUUUUAAUAUCUAGUAUAAUAGUGCUACUGGUGCCCUGCUGCCUGGUUUCCCUCUCUUAUGCCCACAUUGUAGCAGCUAUCCUACGCAUCCGUUCUAUCCAGGGACGUCGCAAAGCCUUUGGGACGUGCACUUCCCAUCUCACUGUGGUUUCCAUGUCUUAUGGGAUGGCUUUAUUCACCUAUAUGCAGCCCCGAACCAGUGCCUCAGCUGAGCAGGACAAAAUGGUAGUGAUCUUCUAUGCUGUGGUAACCCCCAUGCUCAAUCCCUUGAUUUACAGCCUCAGAAACAAGGAUAUGAAAGCUGCAUUGAAAAAAGUGAUAGAAAAAAACUUGGCCUGAGAAAAGGGGAAAAGAUUAUUGUUAUAAAAGGAAAAGAGGGAUUCCCCAGGAAAUAAGGCAUGG